AGCCGAAGCCCCCCGGGGCGGUGCCGGUGUUGGCGGCGGCGCGGGGCGGGAGGGCGGCCCCGCUCCCCCCGCUGCGGUCCCGGUUCCCAUGGCGACACUUCCUGUGGCAGCCGAAAGCGGUAGUGCCGGGGAGCGCCGGGCCGGGCCGGGCCAGGGGAUCCGCGCUGCCGACCGGGGAUGCUGCGGGGCCGCGGGCCGCGCCGGUAGCGCGCUGGGCCGGGCGGUGCCAGGCAUGCAGGGCAAGGCUAAGCUGCUGCUGGUCCACAACGGCCGCAUGGGCCCAGCUGUGUCGGAUGGAGAGUUAAACGCCUCCAGGGCCCGUGGCAGCAACCACAGUGUGAGCAGCCUGCCAGGACCACCAACCACCUGUGGGUCCACACAGGGGUCUGUGGUCAGCUGGGCCGAAUCCUUUGAGACACUGCUGCAGGACCGUGUGGCUGUCACCUACUUCACUGAGUUCCUCAAGAAGGAGUUCAGUGCUGAAAAUGUUUACUUCUGGCAGGCAUGUGAGCACUUCCAGCAGAUCCCAGCCAGUGACACGCAGCAGCUGGCCCAGGAGGCACGACGGAUCUAUGAUGAGUUCCUCUCCAGCCACUCAGUCAAUCCCGUGAACAUCGACAAGCAGGCCUGGAUUGGGGAGGACAUGCUGGCCACUCCAUCCCCAGACAUGUUUCGCAUCCAGCAGCUCCAGAUCUUUAAUCUGAUGAAGUUUGACAGCUACACACGCUUUGUGAAAUCCCCUCUCUACCAGGCCUGCCUACGGGCAGAGAGUCAGGGGCAGCCCCUGCCCGACCUGAGUCCGCACUCCCGCAGCAGCAGUCCUCCACCUGACCUCAGCAAGAAGUCAAAGCUGAAGCUGGGCAAGUCCCUGCCACUAGGUGUGGAGAUGGCAGGCAGUGGUGCCAACCGCAGCCCCCGCCGGUCCUUCAGGAAGGGAGAGCGGUGGGAGCCCUCCUGGGCAGAGGGGCGAGAAGGCGGUGGGAGUGCCAUGACGUGGCGGGAAUCCCAGGGCUCUCUCAACUCCUCGGCCAGCCUAGACCUGGGCUUCCUGUCCUCAACCAGCACAGCCACCAGUCCCUGGACAGAGGGCCAUCGGAAGAGUCUGGGGGGCAGCGAGGCAGAGCUGUCAGCCAAGCCCAUGAAGUACUGCUGCGUGUACCUGCCUGAUGGCACGGCCUCGCUGGCCUCUGUCCGGCCUGGCCACUCCAUCCGUGACAUGCUGGCAGGGAUAUGUGAGAAGCGUGGCUUCAGCCUCCCUGACAUCAAAGUCUACCUGGUGGGGAAUGAACAGAAAGCACUGGUGCUGGACCAGGAGUGCUCCGUGUUGGCAGACCAGGAGGUGAAGCUGGAGAACAGGAUAAGUUUUGAGCUGGAAAUCUCCUCCCUCAGUAAGACCAUCCGCAUCACAGCCAAGUCAACCAAGCGCAUUCGAGAAGCACUGCAGCCCGUGCUGGAGAAGUAUGGCAUGAGCAUGGAGCUGGCAUUGCUGCGAAGGCAAGGUGAGCCAGCUGCCCUGGACCUGGAAAAGCUGGUCAGCACAGUGGCUGCUCAGAAGCUUAUCCUGGAAACGCCAGCAGGAAUGCGAGUGAUGGAGAGUGCUGAGGCUGCAGCUGCACCCUCUCUGUUCUGGACCCAGGAGGGAAGCCCAACAGGAGCAGAGUCUGACAUGCUGUGUGAGAUGCCCUCCUCCUUCUCCCGGCCUCGCUCUUCAGCUGCCACCAACCUGAACCGCCGCACAUACGACCUGGAAGGGCUGGUGGAGCUGCUGAACCGUGCCCAGAGCUGCCGGGCCAACGACCAGCGUGGGCUGCUCUCCAAGGAGGACCUGGUCCUGCCUGACUUCCUCCAGCUCCCUGGGCAGGACAACAGUGCCUGCGAGGGGUCGGAUAAACCCUGCACUCCUCACCCAGGCCCCGAGGGAAAUGACCACUCUCAGCCCCUAGAGCCUGUGCCAUCUCAGCCUCCAUUCAACCACGAGCUCCGAUGAAUCCCGCUGCACGUCCGCACCCGGCGCGUGGUUCUCCCGGGCCAUGCCGGGGUUCAACAUCGGGCCCAAAUGGCCCCUGCCCCGCACCAACCGACACUGCCUGGACUGCAGAUUCGUUCACGUCCUGUCCCAAACUGUUGCGUCGUGUCGCUGUGAGUGGUUGAGCAGUUGCCAUGCCCCUUGGUGGGGUCACAUCCUGGUGCACAUCAAAGGAGUCCUGUACAUAUUUCGAUCCCGUUGCAAAGCACUUUGCAACAUCCCACCCAUCCCUGGCACUGUACUGCCCAGUGCCUCUGCAAAUUCUGCCUGUGAUGCCUGGCACAGCCCCGCAGUCUUAUGGGGUGGGUAAAGCACCCUUCCAACUGAAUGGAGUGGUGGGAUAGAGAGUAUCUGUGGGGUGGCAAGGAAGGCUCCAGCCCCCAAGCCCCAUGCUGCAGGCAGGCAGGGUCAGGAGAAUGUGUGUCCAGAGCUGAGGGCUGGAUCAGGUCCCUGACCCAGCAGGAACAGGGCUUGCCCUGUUGUUGGUAUGUGGGUCUUCCCUCCCUGGGGAGGUUGAGCAUGGCCCCACCAGCCUGGUUGUUGCUGUCUGCAUUGUGUGAGCAUGGCUGGGCCUGAUCCUGCCAUUACAGCACUGCCAUGGUGGAGCAGGACACCUGCUUCCUGCCCCAGUCGGGGCUGCAAGUGCCUGGUCCUCAAGGACUGAGGUGCUGAGUGUCUCAGCCUGGUGUUCCCCGCCUGGCAUCCCUCACCAGCAGCUGUGCUGGGCUGUAACCCUGAGCCUGGCUCUGCCAGACCUGGCUGUGCCCUGGGGGUGCCCAAUACCCCCUGUCCCAAAAGGUCCUAGACCUGCUCUGCAAUGGAGGCAGCCCCUGACAGGAGCCAGAUCUCUCAAUCAUCCACGUGUCCCAGGGUCCUUCCUGGCUGUGCCCUGGGUCACUACUUCAUCACCCCUGCCUGGCUAGAGGCAGAGGGGUGGCCCAUGGCAGGGAGUUGUGGCCACCAAGCCCCAUGCUGCUGUGGCCCCAUGGCCCUGGUCAGAACUCCCCUGUGUUUCUGUGGUGCUGCCCAGUCCCGUCUGUGGUGUGAAACUGGGGGAAAUAAAGAGCAUUGCCUG